AUCGGUCAGGAUCGUAUGAGUCAAGCUAAUCACGUGACAAGAUAAGUGCCAGGAAUUGCGAAGUAUGGGAAGACAAUGUGUUAGUAACGGUAGUUUCCCCUUUUCACUCCCAAGCCAGUUUCAUGUUUAGGGAAAUAUUUACAUCGUGAAAAUUAAGUGACUAAGCACUUGUUUCUUGCAGGCUUUCCCAACGGUUAUACGUUGCUAACAGAAUGACCGGAGAGCAGCGGUAGAAUAAUCUGUGGGAAGAAUUUACACGUCAUCUUGAGGCGUCUGCGUGUUGAUCUGUUGCGUUAGGCAAUAAGGAAGACUAGCACGACUGUUUUAAUGCAUUAGUGCAGAUGGACUAACCACAGUUUUAAAGAAUGCUACAUCUGAAUCGUGUCGCAGAAUUAUAUUAUUUGCCAAAGACGGUAAUGGCAUACAGAAGAAAUAUAACUAUUUACUGUGGCAAAACUGCAGACUUAGUGUACCAGAACCUGUGACAUGCAAGGGGCUUGCAUGGUGGUGCUGCCUGCCUUUUUUCCUAACUAGGAUAUUUAUUCUUCAAGAAAUGGACCCAGAAGUGAUGCAAGAUGAAGUUCCUUAUCCUUUUCAAAUGGUAAUUGAAGAACUCUUGUCUCAAGAAAGCAGUACGAACAGCCUUGCCAAUGAUGCCUUUGGAAUGGUUGACAAUGUACUUGGGGAGGGAAGUGUUGCCUUCCCUCGUCAGAACCUGACAAAGGACACUGUAAUUGCAGAGCUGGAUAAUUUGGAAUAUUAUGAAAAGAUUUCUUUGGCAUUUCUGCUGUAUGAUGAUGUCAACUACAUUCUGCAGAGACUAAUGAUAGCUGAAAGUGCACGACUUGCUGGAAGCCUGAUCCAACCAGACCUGUUGUCACCAUGGAUUAGGACACAAAGAGAUGGAUUAUGGGAGAAUAAACUUCUGGAGGCAUUAUGCAUCAUUCAGAACUAUCAGAUACUACAGAAACUAGGUUGCAAUGCAGAGAGUGAAAAGAGCAGGUUUCUGCCCAGAUCACCAGAGUCCUCUUUGUUUGUUAACUGCAUGCGGAAAGCUCUGUAUCAUGUCUGUGAGUCACUGGACUCUGAUGGUUUAAAGAAGCUUCUGAGAUAUGUCAAAGAAGACUACAGACUUUUCCAGAAAGGAGUUGAGUUGCAAAGUUUUGAUCCAGAAUAUAUGGAAGUCAAUUUACUUUAUUGGUCAUCUCGAGGCUAUAUCAGUUUGGGAGACAAGGACGGACGAGGAGUGGAUGUCCAUAGGUUAAAGACACAGCUGAAGACCAUGGGAGAGACAACUCUUGUGGAGAAACUUGAGUCUGCAGAGAAAGCAACUGUGAAUGCCUUAGGAAUGAAUCAGCCAGAUGCCGACACAGUGCGGAUUUCCAGUCUUGGGUCCCUCACAGAAUGCAGGUCACAGCCAUCCAGCAUGUCACAACAUAGUGUUGCCUCAAGUUGUGACCAGGUGGACAGAGUGACGGAAGGCGAAUACCCUGUGGAUUCAAAUAAUGUUGGCUACUGCAUUAUAAUCAAUCAGAAAAACUUCUAUAUGGAACCGAAUCCUUGUCUGAAGAGAGAACUUCCAGAUGAAGAACUGACACCACGACUUGGGACAGAUGUUGACCGAGAUCGUCUGAGUGAAACAUUCAAUAGUCUGGGCUUCACAGUUUAUAUUGUAGAGAACCUCACACACACUGAUCUCCUGGAAAGUGUUAAUUCAGCUAUUACAAAGUUUGUGAAGCAAGAGCAUUCGUGUUUUGUGCUGUGCAUCCUUUCACAUGGCAUUCGUGGUGCAGUGUAUGGCACAAACAGUGUUCCUGUGUAUGUGGAUGACUUAGAGAAUCUAAUGAAAGAUUGUGCAAAGCUGAUGGGGAAACCAAAGAUCCUUAUCAUCCAGGCAUGCCAGGGCCAGACACAGCAAGAUGCUGUGUUGAGUCAGGACAUUGCAACUGAUGGUCCAGCAUUCAGCAGAGUCAAGUCAACUGACUGCAUGACAUUCUGGUCCACAGUACCUGGCUUUGCUUCAUUUAGACAUGAAAUUGAAGGAACCUGGUUUAUCCAGGCAGUCUGCCAGCAGCUGCUUUGUGCACGCCCAACAGAUGACUUGUACAAACUGUUCACAGCUGUGAACAGGGAAGUCAGCUGUAAGAGGGCACAUGUGAACCAAACAUACAAGACCAUGGUGCCAAUAUUUUCCACUACAUUUACACGAUCCCUGGUACUCCCACUUCAUCCACGAGCGAAAGUGAAAGUGUCACAACGCAUGUUUGAACGCCACGCAUUCAAUGCACUGUUAAGGGAAUAUAUUAAAGACAGGAAACGAAAGGCUGAACAGAAAAUAAAAGAGAAACUGAAGCUAAUGUGAAGUUUAAUACAAAGUAAUGAAAGAUACCAAAACCUCCACCAAGAAUUAUUGUGGCAGUGAUACCGUUACGUAAGCCUGUGGGAUAUAGUAUGUGUGUGUGUGUAUAUAUAUACACACACACACGUAUCUUUACAUUUUCAAGAACCAUUCCUUGUAGGGCAGGGCUUUUUGCUUCUAAGCAUGUUGACUACAAAUACAAUAUGAAGGAAAAGGGAAUAUACAUGAAAUGGGUAGAAAGGAAGAAAAGGUACAAAUGGAGAAAAAUAAAAUGACACAUGGUAGCCAGUACAGAAUAAUAAUAAUAAGAAUUGGGGGGGGGCAGGAUGAUCUGAAAAAGUAUCACACUACCACUACCAAGAUAAGAUGCUCCAGACUUUCUUCCAAUUUAGGACUGCUUACAGAAGACACUCUAUGGUCUAGUGGUCAGAGUUCCUGGCUACACAUCCAGAUGUCCCGAGUUCGAUUCCCAGCACUACAAGAUUU